AACUUCAUGACCCCUAUAUAAAUAACCCAAUCCCCCAGUCUACAAAAAGUCCCUUCAUUCAUUUUUUUCAUUCUUUCUUGUUCAUAUGUUGGUUAUCUUUGUGUUUCAUCUAUAAUGAGCAAUAUACCAAGAUCUCUCACCGACUCUUCCCUGACUCUCUUUAACCUUGCCAUCUCUGCCUCUGAUCCUUGGCCUUUCUCCGUUGUUUUCUUAUAACCCAUUUGAAAAGACUAGAGCUUGUUGUGUUUCUUUGUACAAAGUAGGGUUUUUGGCUAUCUGGGUUUUGUUCAAAAUGGGGAUUAGUGCUGACAAACACCAGUUGAAUUUCCAUAUCCACAUGCCACACCUUCACUUUCACCACCACCACCAUGACCAUGACAACAAGAAAGAACUGAAAGACAUCCCAAAGGGGUGUUUGGCAGUCAUGGUGGGUCAAGGUGAAGAGCAACAAAGGUUUGUGAUCCCUGUGAUUUACAUCAACCACCCGCUCUUCAUGCAGUUGUUGAAGGAAGCUGAGAAAGAGUUUGGCUUUGACCAGAAGGGACCCAUCACCAUACCUUGCCAUGUCGAGGAGUUUCGCACCGUCCAAGGCAUGAUUGACAAGGAGCAAUCAGUCCAGCACCACCACCAUGUUUGGUGCUUUAGGGUUUGAUUUCAUGUUGGCAGUCAUGUAAAUUUGUUCUCUUUUUUUUUCUUUUUUCUAGGAAAUUUUUCUUUGAGUACCAAGAUUGAUGUAGUUGUUGAUGAUGAUGACGAAGAAUUGGAUGAUAUGAUUUAUUGCUUUUGCUAUAUUUGGAUCCCUUAGACAAAGAAGAAAAAGUUACAUAAAUUUCAAUUUGAUUCUUGCUU